AUGCUCUGCUUGUACCUCACUAUAGACAACCUGGAAUCUCUGUCUGCUUCAAACCAGACCAAUAUCAAAACAGCAUCACUCGAGGCAAUAGAACACUCGACAGACCUCUGUGUACUAGUGUCAUUCUCACACCCGAUUGCAACAGUUGACACCCACUGGAAUGACAUUCAAUCUCUACUCGGCAACAUCUACGUUGUCCAACUCCAGGUAGCCUAUGCUAAUCAGCAACCACUGAUGGAGUGUAAUGUCCUGUUUGAAUCCUGGUGUGGUUAUCAAAUGGCUUUCGAACCAAACCUUUCUCGCGUUCUUGUCUCUCCACAGUAUGCAUCAUGUAUUGAGGAGUGGAACUCAAGUCGAGCAAAUGCUGGUCUUGGUUUAUUUGAAAUCCAGAUCUUGGACACAACUGCAGUUACGAACACAUCUACUACUAUCAGAUCUACACCUACGAUUACUACAGUUGGCAAUAAUAGUCUGAACAUCAACAAGGAACCAAAUGCCGUCAGCCAUCAUCUGUCACCAAACCAGCAGCAGAGAGAUCAUACAGUGGCAGUGGUGAAGGAGAACAAAGAGGAGGAUAAGAAACAGCAACAAAGGCAACAGGAGCAAGUGCACCCAUUCUCUCGUGUGGCAUUGGGCGGAACAUUUGAUCACAUUCAUGCAGGCCACAAGAUUCUCCUCACCAUGGCUGCCUUGCUAACCAACAAAUCCAUUGUUGUGGGUGUAACUGAUGAUUCUAUGCUUCAGUCUAAAAAGCACCGUCAGUUUAUUCAACCCACCGAAAAACGUAUUGGUAGUGUAGAGAGAUACCUCCACAGUGUCCGACGUAAUGUUGAACCUUAUGUUGUACCCAUUUGUGAUCCUUUUGGACCAACCAUAACUGAUCCAGCUAUCGAUGCUCUUGUCUGUUCCAAAGAAACACUUCAAGGUGGAGAAGCAGUUAAUCGUGAACGCCAAAAGAGAAAUAUGGAUCCAAUUGAAUUACGUGUAAUUGAUGUGAUAUCGCCUAACUCUACUUCGAUUGGCAGCCAAGACAUGAGUGCUCUGAAGAUUAGUUCUUCUUGGAUCAGGCAAUAUUUAGCAACCAAAUAA